AUGUCUCACUUGGAGAGUCUACCCAUCGAGUUGCUGGAGAAGGUCUUCUUCUACAGUUUGAAUCCCGAUCUUGCCAGGGCCAGCCCCGUCAUCAGUGGAAAGCUGAGCAGUGAGACCGUUUAUAUUCGGACUGUUCUGGCUGCUUUUGGUCCAACAUGGGAGGAAUAUCAUCGCUACAAGAGGAGCGUCAUAGAUCCAGUGCCCAGCAUUGGGGACUCUAAGCUACAGUCCGCGAUCUUGCGAUGCCGUUGGGCAACUCUUUCCAUUUUACUCAAGAGCCAAGAUAUCUGGAUGCAAAGAAGUGCACUUGAUGCAACAUUCAAGCCUAUUAGUAACAAGACGAAGAUGGUGGAAGGGGAAGAUGAAACCUCCAGCCGAAAGACAGCUGCGCAGCGUUUCGAUGAAGACUUCGCCGGAUUUCUAGGAUUCCUCCCGGAGGCCGACCUGAUAAACAUUUACAACACCUUUACAGAUCUGGCAGACAGGGUUGAAAUACCGAGUCAUCUUCUGCUAGGCCCUUGGACCGAAGAGAUGGUCCGACAUCUGUAUUGGAUCAUAAAGUCAGGUGCCCGUAUCGAAUGGCUCACCUCCACCAGCGGAGAAAUUGCCCUCCUAGGUCUUAAAAAGGCCAUCUCUGUUGGAGAUAAUCGCGUCAUAUACUUGUUGAUAUGGGCUGGGCUCAGGGAGAAACUUGAUGGGGACAUUCUGAACUGGGCAGUCCGGAAUGUCGGUGGUGAUAAAGCUGCUGUGAUAAAGCUUCUAUUGAGCAAGAUAAAUCUGAGCUCUUUAUUCGAUCAUGCAGCGCCUGCAGGACCCAAACUACGAUCGCGCAUCCUGAAAGCUGUCUCCAGACGUACUGAAGGAUGCCUCUCAGCUACGGUUCCCCGACGUGCGACCAUCAAGGCAGGGUUUUUAAAUCUCAGCUUCCUCUGGCCUCGCUCUGCGACGUCAGCACUGCGUCCCAAAUCGUCUCGAAAUAUAGCCAGAGUCAAGGGACCUGUAUAUGAGAAUCCUACUCUGGUUACAUAUCGAAACUCUUCCACACAGUCGUCAAAGUGGCUUGAGAAGCUCUGGGGUUCCAAAGGGACGAAAGGUGGGAGGCCAUUGCAACCAGACGACCUCCCGGGCCCUCUACACAGCGUAGUAGAGGAUGGCAGCGACUCAAUAUUCAGCAAGGGGCGUAUCAUCUCUGCCAAGGCGGCUGCUCAACCUAAGCUUCGAUGCACGGAAUUAGAUGAGAAUGGCAAUGUCUACGGGCUGCUUCCUCGCGAUCUCCGCAAGAUUGACUCGAGUCUCCUCCCACACAUACUAAUUCGACCCUCUGCAAUUCUCAUCAACCUUCUCCACCUCCGUGUCCUCAUAAAAUCCAAUCGCGUGCUCAUAUUCGACGCUUACGGUUCUACAAACUCCUACAACCAGUCGGCUUUCAUCUACGAUCUAGAAGAUAAGCUGCGACAAAAGCAAAAUUCUCCUGCCGCAGGCGGGUUACCCUAUGAAUUCCGGGCAUUAGAAGCCGUUCUUAUUUCAGUGGUUUCUAGCCUCGAGAAAGAAUUUGAAAGCGUCAGAGAACCUGUCGUGACAGUUUUGAGGCAAUUGGAAGAGGACAUCGAUAGGGAUAAACUGCGGCAACUCCUUAUAUACUCGAAAAAGUUGGGGACAUUUGAGCAGAAAGCAAAGCUUGUUCGAGAUUCGAUCGACGAAUUGUUGGAAGCGGAUGAUGAUCUCGCGGCUAUGUAUCUGACGGAGAAGAGUCAUGAUAUUGUGCGUGGAGAAGACGAUCAUACAGAGAUUGAAAUGCUGUUAGAGUCCUACCACAAGCUUUGUGAUGAGAUCGUCCAGGAGUCCGGGAAUCUUGUCUCAAACAUCAGGAAUACAGAAGAAAUCGUAAAAGCCAUUCUAGAUGCAAACCGGAACUCUCUAAUGCUCCUGGACCUUAAGUUCUCCAUUGGUACCCUCGGAAUCGGCAGUGGGGCCUUUAUCGCUGCUCUCUACGGCAUGAACCUGAAAAACUUCAUCGAGGAAUCAAACCUUGGUUUCUGGGGGGUGACGGCCUGGUGUACAGUUUUUGCAGGGGUAGUUUGCGUCUACGGGCUUGUCAAAUUGAGGAAGGUCCAGAGAGUCAGCAUGUGGGGAGAAUCGGGAAGGAAAGGACCCAGCUGGAGGCAUGCAGAUGGUGGUCUUAGAGGAGAACUAGAUCUAGGGAGACGGGAGAGGGUCGAACGGCAGAGGAGGCUGAAAGAAGAAAGACUUAAUGCGAUGGAGGAUAUGAGGGCAGGCGCCUCGCUCCAGAAACAAGAGCUUGCCCUCAAAGGUGCGAAGGCGAAGCAUUGA